CAAAUCAUGAAAUAAUAAACAAAUAGGUAAGUAUGAGGUUGUGGCGUAUACUUGUUGAAUGGCUUCCACCACUCGAACACUGGUGAAGGAUAUGUUGUGCCUCUCUUCUUCCACACUUGCUAUUUCUUCGCUUCGUCUUCGCUGUCCUUCUCCUUUUCCCUCCUCACUUCAAUUACGCCGUUCCAACCCUACCAUUCUAUUCACUGCAAUUCGAUGCUCUUCCUCGGAUUCAGGUAGUGACAACAAAGUAUCGUCUCGCCUAUCACAGGUUCAGCAACUCCUUCAACAAGCCGAGCACCGACCACUCUCCGCCAACGAAGGCCCUCCUCCCAAAAUCACCUUGGAUCAUGUUACAGUGAGCAUUGCCAGAAGUGGAGGACCUGGGGGCGAGAACGUAAAUAAAGGUUAUUUUUCAUUUUUUUUUUCAGGAGGUUGUUAUCUUUGAAAUCAAUGGUUGUUCGAUUUUUUUUGUUCCCAUUUCAAUUUGUUACCACCCCUUUUCGUCAAUACUGCUUCUAUUCUACUUACUACUAUCUGCUGAUUGGACAGGCAACACCAAGGUGGUAUACCACAACUCAUAACUAAUCUUUUAUCGAUGUUGCGUAAAAUCAUGUGAUUUGAUUAACUGUUUGCAUUAGUAUUAAUCUUGUAUAGUUGCGUGGUUGUGGUUGCUUUCGGAAGCACAUGAUAUCGUUAUAUAUUAUGGGCAUUGCUAUCCCCUCCAACUUUCUCCAAUCACUCCACAGCCUCCACUUUGUUAGACUUACCUCCUCUUCUCUGCUCAAGGGCAUGCCAAACAUCUCUCUUCCGAUUUCCCCUUUUUUAGUUUUUCAAUUUUAUUCAUGCCUUUCUCUUUUAAAAAUAAAAUCGAUUAAUACUGUUUUCAGAUAGACAUCAUGUUGAAACAACACACAGUACUGCGUAUUCAACGAAUAAUGAACAUGUUGGAAAGUCAACGCUGGCAAUGGACCUUGCCUCUCUACUCCAGGAGUCCUCCGACAGAAAAUCGAAGCCCAAACCCAAGAGUCGGAUGGAGCUGAAGCGCUUUCUUGAGCUUCGAAUAAAAAGGAGGGUGAAGGAGCAACAUGCAAAUGGCAAGUUUCAUGACCUAAUGCAAAAUGUGAUUUCCAAUGCAGAUACCCUUCACGACGCAUAUAACUGCAUCAGGAUAAACUCAAACAUAGUUGAAGUGACUUCAAACUGUGACACAUCCUUUUUGGAUGACCUAGCAGAGCAGCUUGGUAAAGGGGAUUUUGACGUGCAUGCAAAUACAUUUUCAUUCUCAACAAGGAGAGGGUCAACAAACAAAGAGAUAUUGGUACUUCCCAACUUGAAGCUAAAGGUUGUCCAGGAAGCUAUGAGGAUAGCAUUGGAAGUUGUUUACAAGCCUCAUUUCUCAAAGAUCUCACACGGCUGCCGAAGUGGGAGGGGACGCGCUGCGGCAUUGAAGUAUAUAUGCAAGGGUGUUUUGAGUCCUGACUGGUGGUUCACGAUGGUUGUGACUAAGAAAUUGGAUGAUGCUGUGUUGUCCAAGUUGAUUUCCAUAAUGGAGGAUAAGAUAGAAGAUCCUUUGUUAUACAGUUUCAUUCAGAGAAUGUUUGAUGCUCGAGUGUUAAAUCUUGAGUUUGGGGGUUUCCCCAAGGGACAUGGUCUCCCACAGGAAGGGGUUUUGUCCCCUAUUCUAAUGAAUAUUUACCUUGACCUCUUUGACAGUGAAUUUUGCAGGCUGUCGAUGAAAUAUGAAACUAUUCGUGAAGGAGUGCUAAAUGAUUCCAAUAGAUCUGACUCCAUGUUGCGAGGUUGGUUCAGGAGACAAUUGGAUGGUAGUGAUGUUAGGUGCAUGGUUGAGAAGGAUGGAGGUGUCAAAGUUUACUGUUGUCGCUUUAUGGAUGAGAUGUUUUUUGCAAUUUCUGGUUCCAGGGAUGCUGCUGCUAGUUUCAUGUUUGACGUCAAAAGUUAUUUGAAGAGUUCGUUGCUGUUGGAUGUGGGUGUUCAAAGUGAUAUUUUGGCAUGUGAGGGGCCUCGUGGUAUGCGAUUUUUGGGGACUUUAAUAAGAAGAACUGCUAGGGAGAGUUCUGCUGUAAAAGCUGUAAACAAGUUGAAGGAAAAAGUAGAGUUGUUUACUUUGCAAAAGCUUGAGGCUUGGAAUUAUGGGACAGUAAGAAUCGGGAAGAAAUGGUUGGGUCAUGGUCUGAAGAAAGUUAAGGAAUCAGAAAUCAAGCAUUUAGCUGAUCAUAGUUCCCUCCUGAACAGGCUUUCCUCUUUUCGUAAGUCUGGAAUGGAAACUGACCAUUGGUAUAAGCACUUGUUGAAGAUAUGGAUGCAAGAUGUUCAAGCAAAAAAUGCCAAGAGUAAAGAAAGUAUCUUAUCUAAGUGUGUUGCCGAGCCAGCUCUUCCACGAGAGUUAAAAGAUUCCCUUUAUGAAUUUGUACAACAGGCAGAGCAGUAUAUAUUUGCUGAGGCAUAUUCCAUUCUCAAGCUUUUACCGAAUAACUGCACAACAGAACAUAAUAUGGCAAAAACUGAGAUUAUUGCUCCUAUUAAUGCAAUAAAAAUGCGUCUCCUGAGAUAUGGACUGACUACAGCUAAAGGAUUCCCAAAAUCUGCUAAUUUGCUUAUCAUGCAAGAUACGACUGAAAUUAUUGACUGGUUUUCAGGGAUUGCUUGCCGCUGGCUGAAAUGGUAUGAAAAUUGUGCUAACUUUGAUGAGAUGAAGCUCUUGAUUUCGAGUCAUGUUAGGAAAUCAUGCAUUCGUACUUUAGCAGUUAAGUAUCGGGUGCAUGAAACUGAGAUAGAAAAGCGGUUUGACAUAGAACUUAGCAGGAUUCCAUCAACACAAGACAUGGAGAAGGGCAUGACAAAUGAAGUAUUGGAUGUUCAGGCUUUUGAUAGUGAUGAGGCAUUAAUGUAUGGUGUUGCUUAUAGCGGUUUGUGUUUGUUGUCUCUAGCAAGAAUUGUUACCCAGGCAAGACCAUGUAAUUGUUUUGUUAUAGGGUGCUCAUCUUCUGCCCCAAGAGUCUAUACUCUUCAUGUUAUGGAAAGGCAGAAGUCUCCAAGCUGGAAGACUGGAUUUUCAACUUGCAUUCAUCCAAGCUUAAAUAAACGGCGAGUGGGGUUAUGUAAGCAGCAUUUGGGGGAUUUGUAUCUUGGUCACAUAUCGCUUCAGUCCAUUGACUUUGGUGCAUGGAAUGAAAACCAAGGUGGACAAGUGCUUCAACGUUAAAAUUGAAUAUCUAAGUGAUAGGAUUGGGGAGAAGAUCAUGUAAAUGUUAUUGACAUAAUAUGCACUCAAGUCAUCUUGAUUGUGGACCUCAUCCUCAAUCUCACAGCUUCUGCUCUAGACUCAACAGUCAGCUAUGGUGGUUCAAGUGGAACAUAUUAUACUUCCUAAAGGACAAGGAGGACUGGGAGUGAUGGAGUAAGCAUUAAGAAUGUUGAUUAACUGCUAGACUGAAUCCAAGAUUUGCAGAAUAUUAUUUUUCUGAUGCCAUCUUGAUUGUGUUAGGUCACCUUUGAAGAGAGCAAGGAGGCUGAUAGUUCCACCAGGCAGGCUUCUCAAACAAUUUCUAGAGGCAUUCAUAGAGUAUUCUCUUUGGUGUCAGAUUAAGCUUAAGUUUGGAGAAACUUUUCAACAAGUAUUU